UGUUUUCAGAUAAUUGGUAGUGUUCCCUAGAGCGUUGUCUUUUUCUAUCCUCAUCUUAAAAGUAGUUCGGAAUUUAUAAAAAAACAAGAAUGAGUGAAACGAAGAAAUGCAUAUUUUUGGGAUUUAUAUCUAUUUUAUGUCACGUGGUAGCAGAUGAUAGGAGCAAUAUUACAAUAGGAAUUAUUGCGACUGGAACUAACACCGUUGAGACAGAAAUAUUGUCCAGGAAUGGGCAGCAAUUCGUGAUUGUCAAGCACCUUGUUGAUACGAGAGAAAUGUUCUACAUUUUAAGAUCAGUUAAACUAUUGGACGCAGAUCCAAAUGUUGAUAUAAUUCUAGUCAUGCAUUACGACGUGAACCUUCUGAAAGCACCACAAAUCCUGCAGACAAGUCACAAAAAGCUGGUUAAGCUUGGAGUCAUGACUCCAAGGGAUAAUAAGAUUUCAAGGUUACCAUCAGAGAGAAUGGGGUCAUUUACCUGUAGCUCAAAUUCUGAGUUCAUCAAUAAUCUGAUAGGGACAGCACACUGUUUGAAAUCAACCAAUUCUACGCUUCAAAAUGGGGACGACGUGUUGAUAAGCAUGCCUGAACUACCCGUUGUUCGUUCAAUGAUAAAAGCAUUGAAGUGGCGUUCAAUUGCAAUAUUUUACGAAACUUCUACAGAAUGGCAAAUGUCUAAGUUAGUGGACGGCUUAUCAAAAGACGGGGUCCUCAUUGCCCUAUACAAUAUAGAUCAUGUUUCCAAUAUGCAAAAGGUUUUACAAGAGCUGUACCAAACACAUGUUGAAAACAACAAAGAUAUAGAAAUUGUUAUCGUGUGUCGAUUAAGCAAUACAAAACAUAUUCUUAAAGCAGCUUAUAAUUUUGAUCCAUUCAAUAAUCAAAAGACGUUACUGAAAAUGUUCUCAAGGUGGCUGGUUGUCUUGUACGGUUAUGAUAAAGAUGCUUUAAAGAUAUUCCAACAGAAUGCAUUUGAUAUUGACAACAUUGCCGUUGUAGCUGUCCCUAGACCUCAUACUAUAGACAUGCAGGCUUUGUCUAAAGGUAUCGACUGUACUUCAUUGGAGGUUUUUAAAGAAACCAUCGGAUCGGAUCCUGUUAAUUUCAAAACGGUGUUUGUCAAACGACUCGAAGAGAAUGCAAAGUCCUGGAAUCCCACCAACUAUUGUAAAGGCUACUAUAUUGAAACAUUGCUUUGGAGGGCAAAAAGCAGGGAAUUAAGUCCAGUAGGACAUGCUGAUUUCAAUGGAAAUGUUGUAUUGAACUCGGAAAUAUUUCCAAAUAUAAAAUAUGGUUAUAACAAGAGAUGGUUUUUGAUUUCCACACUUGAGUAUUCGCCAUUCGUUAUAAAGAGAAAAGAGAAUAAUACGUACAUUUAUGAGGGAUUCUGCCUAGAUUUAAUACAAGAGUUGGCGAACAAACUUAAUUUCACGUAUAACCUAACGGAACCGGCAGAUGGAAAAUGGGGAGGUAUAACAAACCGGGUCAACCUAACUUUUAAUGGCCUUGUUGGUCAACUACAAAGAGAGGAAGUUGAUAUUGUUGCUGCGCCAAUUUCUAUCCAGGCAGAAAGAGAUCCGGCCAUGGACUUUAGUUAUCCAUAUUAUUAUGAAUAUACAACAGUUCUAGUGAAGAAGCCAGAUGUAAAUUCUAUAAAAUGGCGAACAUUGAUAGACCCUUUCAAAUUUGAAGUUCUUUUAACAAUAGGAGCGUCUCUGUUGGUAGUGACAGUUCUGGUAUUUCUCCUUGAGAGAUAUAAUCCAUUUUACACUAUACCGGAGUAUGCCGAGGAAAGAGUAAAGAACGGUGGUCUUCAUACAUGGCAUAGUUCAUUUUGGUAUGUCUUCGGAGCAUUGUUAUGCCAAGGCGGCGUACAUUUACCGGAAUCAACAGCUGGACGGACAUUGAUCAGCUGUUGGUGGUUGACAUGUAUUAUAAUAGUAGGGACGUAUUGUGGAAACCUUAUUGCCUUUCUAACUGUUACAAAGGAGAAACCUCCGUUCAAUUCCUUGCAAGAAAUGAAUGACCUUAAGGACACAUACAAAUGGGGGACCCUUGGUGGAACUGCUUGGGAGACGACUUUUCCAAACUCAAGUAACAAGGCUUUCAGGGCAAUGGGGGAAGCGUUUAUCAAGUUCAAUAAAACCGACCCCACGAUACUGCAUACAAGUCCUUCAUUUCAUGUAGAAAGAGUGAAAAAGGGAAAAUAUGCAUGGAUAGGUGAUAAAACAACUAUGGAAAUAGCAAUGGCGACAGAAUGCAGUCUUGUGGCGAUCAAAGAAGAAUUUAUGCCGCUUAUUUACGUAUUUGGUUUUAAAAAUAAGUCACCACAUGCCGCAAUAUUCUCCGAGCAAAUGAUCAAGAUACAUGAGAGCGGCUUGUUAGAAAUAUGGAAACGGAAGUGGUGGCCAAAGUCUAGUUUUUGUGCGGGUAAUUCCCUGCCCGAGGCUAAACCCAUAUCUCUGAUGGACGUACAGAGUGCCUUCUACGUGUGUGUCAUUGGCAUAUUUGUUGGGCUGUUGACCUUUAUAAUUGAAAUCAUUGUGCACAGAUGUAAAUCGUGUAGUAAGAAAACGGGAGUACAGGAACCUCCACAAGCUUAUGAUUCCAAUAGAAACAAGAACAUUGUACCAUUUCAUCGUAUGAAUUUUGAUAUGUUGAACACAAAACAAACACGUUUAUGAAGUGCUUGUGCUUUUUACAAGUAAUCGCGCAUGCGUGAAUUUUAUUGCGCAUGCGUGGAUUAAAUUAUAUUUUAUAAGUGCAUUUUUGAUUGCUCAACUAUGGCAUCAGAAUAAUUAAGUCUUAAAAAAAAUAUCUAACUUGAAAUGUAUUUGAAUGAAUCACGUCAAUAUUGGGACAAUGGAUUUAACAUUCAACAUUCAUGGAACUGAAACGCUUCAUAACAUUCUUUGUAUAUUUUAAUAAAUACAUUUUUGACGCUGAAUUAAUAUUUCAGUAUUUCUUUGAUUCGGAAAUGAAUUUCAGUUUCAAAUUGACAAAGGUGUCCAACCUUGUAGAUCGUUGUUGUCAAAUACAUGUAUAAUAAUCAUUCGUUCAUUUAUUCAUGCAUUCAUUCAUUUAUUCAUUCAUUCAUUCAUUCAUUCAUUCAUUCAUUCAUUCAUUCAUUCAUGUUAACAUUUUUACAUUUCAAUACAUAACGUUACCUAAGAUUUAAAAUAAAUGAGAAGGAAUGUUGUAUGUUAGUUUUGCAUGUUAGUUUUGGCGUCAUGUUAACGUUGCCUUUGCAUUGUUGAUCUUUUUUUUUAAUUUUUUUUUUAGAAUACACACUAAUAAAAGUACUUCACUUUACCCUGUCUAAAACUUUUUGCUAAGUGCUGGAUUGUUUCUAGACGUUAGACUGACCAAAUGCAUCGUUGAUUAAAAAACUCCUUGAGUAUUUUUGUUAUUGCUCAACGAUGAUUCUUAUUAUUUGUAAUCUGUAGAUACAGUUAAAAAUGUUUAUGAACCUACAGGGGAUCGGAAUAAUAUCCAAUAUGCUUGUUUUACUAUUUUAUGUAAAUAAUUUUAAUGAGUUCUCUAACAUAAUAUGAAAAAGAUAUGUUAUUUACUA